AUGCCAACGACUAUCCCGUCUUUUGGGCCCAUAGCCAAGAUUGCCUCGAGACAGGCUCAAGAAGAUGGCUUUGGGUUGUCGGUCUUAGACGGAAAGACCCGGCUCAUCGGGCGCUUGGGAACAACUAGUGAAGAGGAAGAAGAGCAAAUCAGACUGUUUUUCACAGAGGUUGUGGACCGAAUGCACUCCCGCGGGUCUUCAUCUUUGUUCAUUACCGACUGCCAACGCUUCCUGGUUGUGCAGAGGCUCCCAGACCUCGAUGAGCCCAAAUCAUUCCACUUCUCCCUCUCUACCCUUAUCGGCAAUGCAGGUCCACUAGACCUCAACACCCCAUCCGACGAUCUUUCACCCGCCCAUCAACCCAACCUCCUGACUGAACUUCCUAUUGGCCGUUACUCGAUUCACCUUUCGGGCGACAAGGAAGCUCGGCCGGAUUUACUGAUCCAUUCGUAUCCUCUCGCUAUCCGAGACGGGAACUUGAUCGGUCCCCUGGAUCCCGAGUCAGCCGUUUUACCUUGCCUUACUUCAUUCCAUUCUUCAACAGCUUCUGGUGACGGCGAGACUGGACAGCCGGGACCCACUGUCAUCAGCAAUCUCCAGAUCCAUGAGCCUGUUGGAAUUGGUCGUCUCUGGGAUUCCUUCCUUGCGACUUUGGAAGUAGCUGAAGAGGGUCUGUUUGAAGGCAUGAAGAUCGGGCAAAAAGUAACUGUAAUCGCCAAGAUCACAUCUCCAUCAUCAUACAGCGGCUACCCUCGAGACUUUCCGCAACAAACUGCUCGUGAUGCUGUCCUCAACAAGUACCGCCUCUACUCUACACGCCUCAAGCACUUGCAAGGCUCGGUGGUACCCAGGUGUUAUGGUCUAUGGGGUGGGGUGUUCAAGGCGAAGAGCCAGUGGGAUAUUGGGAGGGAAAUCUGGGUUAUGCUCAUGGAAUAUGGGGGCAAAACCCUAGAAGAUGUCUACGAUGCGUUUACAGGUGUCGAUGAUCCUUCAGCCCGUCGCGAGCUGUUAAGACAGUACGAGCGACUCCACCAAGCAAACGUUUUACAUCAAGACAUAGACAUUCGACAUUGGCUGCAGAGACCGGGCGGAGGCUGGAUGAUCAUUGACUUUGAUGGCGCGAGAGAAUUGACGGGCGCUCAGGAAGACAAGGAGGAGAAAAAAGAGGAGAUGCGCAGAGUCAAUUUCGAGCUGCCGCAACUUAAUCGGUCAAUAUCGUCUUCCCCUACAUAUGAGCACAUAUGA